CAACGGGCAGGGUCGUGAGUGACGUAACAGUGACGUCGCAGCUCCCUCAGCGAAUGAGGAGCGAUCAGUAGCGGAACAGGGGGAGCACGGCGCGGAGGAGUUGUGGAGAAAGACGUGCACGAGUUAAAUCUGCACAUAAUCCGUCGAGUUAUCGGGUUUGAUCAGCUUCACAUCUGAGACACUUUGCAUUGAGAGAACACAACGAGCUGAGAUGAAGACACUGGUGGUGGGAGUGGGAGGGAUGACCAAUGGUGGGAAAUCCACUCUGUCCAAGAGUCUGCACCAGCUCCUGCCCAACAGCUGUCUCAUUGCACAGGAUUCCUACUUUAAGGAGGACUCUGUCGUGCCUGUGGACAACAACGGCUUCAAGCAAUAUGACAGGCUCAGUGCUCUCCACAUGGACACCAUGAUGAGCGAGGUCCACUCGUGGCAAAGAGAUCCUGAGUCGUUCCUGAGGAAGCGAGACCUGAACCCAGCAGAGACGACACCGACCAACGUGUAUGUGCUGAUAGUGGAGGGAUUCCUCAUUUUCAACCACAGGCCUCUGAACGAUCUAUUUCACAAAAGAUACUUCCUGGAAAUUCCACACGACGUCUGCAAGAGGAGACGAAGCUCCCGGGUGUACGAUCCUCCUGAUCCUCCCGGUUACUUUGACGGAUAUGUGUGGCCGAUGUACCUGAAGAACCGGCUGGAGAUGGAGAGCAUGGUGUCUGGAAUAGUGAUCCUGGAUGGACUGAAGCCUAAAGACCAACUGCUGGAAGCUGUGUGUAAAGAUGUUUGUCACAAAAUAGACAGACUCAGGGAGAAAGACAGAAAAAGUGGAACUCCUCUGAAGAUGGUGACCGCUGCAGUGGAUGAGAAUUACCUGAUGUUGUAGUAUAUCAAGUUGCACAGCUGGAGACUGCAGAGAAGCUGCCAGAAUAACAGUGAACCUCUUUUUAUGGACAGUAUUACUAAGUUAGGAUACACUCUGGGUAUCCUGAAUAUUAGUUUUUUUAAUGGUGAAUAUGAGACAUACAGUGAACUGAUGUGAUAUGUUACACUUUGUUUGUCUCACAGUAAUAUGUCUUUUAAUAUGUAAGGAUUUGACGUGACAUAUAAUUGCUAAAGACUGUCACUAAUAUUUGUAUAUUAUAAAUAAUGAAAAUUGUUUUAUUUCCCAUAAUUUGUCAAAUCAGCCAAUGGUUUGCAACAUAGACUGUACAUAAAGAUGGACAAUACUUCUCUACUUCCUCCCAAUAUCUAGAAAUCAAGCUAAAUUAUCCCUGAUACGAUCACUGCCAUGUUGAGCCUGAAUACGUCAUUUGGAGCCAGAGUCUGUGCCGUAGCGAACAGGCGACCAAUCGCAACACGGUAUCAGCUGCCAAUCAACAAAUCGAACUUGAUAAUGGUUUGACCCGUACCGCAGCCCGCCACCAGGGAGCGAUCGAGCUGUCAUGUCCAUCUUUAUACACAAUCUAUGGUUAUAUCUGUGUAUGAAUAAUGUCCUUUGUCUCCACCUUGUGGUUGGAUCAGAUACACUGGAGACAAACUAGUGACCCAGUCCUUUCUUUUUCCUCUGUGACCUGAAAACAAAUAAGUGUCUGAUUAACAAUAAAAGAAACAUCAAAACUCAAA